AUUAUACUUGUAAUUUUUAAUUAAUGUUGUGGAAUUGCUCUUCAGUCUUGGUUUAAACUAAACCGAACCCAUAAUGCACGCACUGAUGGCUAAUUCUAAACCCCACAACUUGGUCAACUAAGUCAUCAUGCUAUUCUCAAGUCAUGCUCCACUUCAACCCUCAUUGGUCCAUCAUAUAUACCAUUUUCUCCUCACCAAAAUCACCAACACACUCAAAACUCAAAAGUGGUUGCGAUUAGGUACUUCUUCACCUAUUUCACUAAUUCACUUCAUCUCUCCCCUGUUUAUAUAUCAAGUACAGGUUUGAGAGGUUCCCACCCAAAACACCAACCACGGUUUCAUCUACUCUCUACCAUCUCAGAGCUUCCCAGAAUGUCUCCUUGGCUCUCUGAACUAUUCCGUUUGCACCUCACAACCCCAUGGCCUAUACUAGCCUACGCUGCCACCUGGAUGACGUUACUAAUCGUGACGGUGCCAGUAGCUUCAAUAUCGCCGCAGGUGGCGUUUGUCUCCGCCGUAUCUCCUUCCUCCUCGUUCUCCCAGAAGUGCAGAGCUGAUGGGUCCAUUAGAAUACCCUUGGACUUACCGGGAGAGAUCAUUUGCUUCCCUGCUCCCAAGUUCAUCAUGUCCAAGAUUGAUCUAAUCGUUCCACCAGUAUUUGCAGCUGUGAUUGUAGCAGCUUCUGCUUGCGUGGUGCGAGCUGUGGGCUUGUGGGACCAUGAUCAAACUCAUCCAGAUGCUUAAUAAUUCUAACAGCAGUGACUAAUCCCUCGUCGCGAGUGCUGGCACUAGGGGGCACUAGGCGCUGGCCACGAAAUCUGCUCACUUUGCAUGAGCGAGGAUUGAAACCCCAACCAAGUAGAUGAGUACUUAAAUGGUCU